AGCGAUGAGAGCUCCUGCCGGUGACAAUAAAGAAAGGUUAGAGGUUUACAGAACACAUGGUUCAGUUCUUGAAGGUUUUUUUUUAGCAUUUUCAUGUACUGCAAACAAAAUAAAGGUUGCUUUGAUUGAACUUCUCUGGAGGGUUUCUGGUCAGCAUCACAGUCAGUGAAGAGUCAUUCAGUGGACUUUAUCAAGCUCGUGGUCAUCAGAGAACACAGGUUUGACAAGAUGAGACGGCCGUAGGUCCGAUUUUACAUCAAACUGUGCUACAAACUCAGCGAGUUGUGUUUCCCCUUUCUUUGGAUGACUGAUAUUAUUUUCAAUGCUACAAUAUCACCCUCCAGAUUGAAGUUAUGAUCUUUUACCUGCUUCACUGAGUAGAUGACACGAUGUUUUGUAAUUCCACCUCUGACAAUUCCUGCUCAGAAUGUUGGCACCUGAACCCGCUGGUCUACGUCCUCAUAGGGGUCCUCUGCUUCACCGUCCUGGUGUUCGCACUGCUGGGGGUCGUGUAUUUAAAAAAAUAUCGCUCUUUGGUCCGUACCAUUCGAGGGCUGCAAGGGAACAAGCUGUUGCUUGGUGCUGUUCCUCAGCUGGAAGCCUCCAUCAUGCCUUUGAGGGUGGCGCCAGCAGUGGAGGAGAAGGAGGACGAGGAGCCUCCUCCCCAAACUCCCCUGCAUCAGAGAAACACAGUCAGGUUGUCCUCCAGGAGGCUGUGGAGAGGCCUGCAGCAGGGUCCUCGUUUCACCAAGUCAGACCUGAACCUGCUGCUGCUGAUCAAAGCAGGGAAAGAGGGCGUCUUCUACCAGGCCAGGAUGACCAGAGGGACGUGUAAAGGCCACAGCUUGUUCACCUGCAAGAUCAGCAAAGAAGGUGUCCGUCCCAAGCAUGUGAACACAGAAGUUGCCAUCAUGAGGAAACUGGUGCACCACAAAAACAUCCUCCAGUUACUGGACUGGAACACCACUGAGGAGCCUUACGUUCUCAUCAUGGAGUAUGUGAGCUGCGGCACUCUGAGGACCUUCCUGCAAACCAACAAAGUCCACCUGAGUGCAGACCCUGAGCUGCAGAGCCUCCUCACCAUUGCCUCCUACCACAUCGCUCUGGCCAUGCAGCACCUGCGCUCCAAAAUGAUUGUGCACUGUGACUUGGCUCUGAGGAACAUCAUGGUCAAUAAGUUUCCCUGGGAGGUCAAAGUGGCAGAGUUCGGCCUGGCCAGAGACUUAACACACAUGAAGAGCCGCCGCAGCAGCCGCUGGGGAAACCCACGGCAACGUGUGCCGCUGCGCUGGUAUCCCCCUGAGUACUUCAAGAGCAACUAUUACAGCUUCAAGGGAGACGUGUGGGCUUUUGGCAUUGUGCUGUGGGAGAUGCAGAUGUUUGGUACAUUACCAUACCCGAACCUGGAGACAUCAGAGGCAGUGGUGUACCACAUCUGUAUCGGCCAUAAGAACACAAACCCUGAAGGCUGCAGACAAGAGAUACUUCAUGUCAUGCAAGACUGUUGGCAGGAGCCGUACACUCUGAGACCCUCAUUCACAGACAUUGUCCGCAUGCUGGAGAACAUCAUAGAAAGCGAUGCGGAUUAUGUGGAUGUUGAGAGUCCGCAGAUGUUGGUGAAAGAAGACGCUGAAUACAAUGAAGCUCAAUGUCUGCGAGCUUCCAGUGUCACCAUGGAAGACAGAGCUACCAUCUAAAUAAAUCUAUCAAGACAGCAGAUCAGGCAGUAUUUUGAACAUUUUAAAAUAUUAUUUUUAGGCUACAUUUAUCUGCUGGGUGGCAGCCUUUCAAGUGCUGUAUGAAAUAUGACUACUGUGAGAUGAUCACACGUGCAUGAUAAAAAAAAUGAAUAUGUUGUUUGGCAUUGUAAAAUAUCAGUUAUCUUCUAUUUUUAUACUUUAACUUAAGUAUUGUUUAUUCUUUAA